AUGGCAAUGCUCGCAAAGUCAAAAAAUAUAGUAUCUUUGGUCCGAGAAUUAAAACCCCGUAAAGAUACGUCCCGUAUUGAAGUUAGGAUUAUUCGGUUGUGGAAGAACUACAACAAAGAAUCAGGAAACACUAUUGAAAUGGUUUUUGCUGAUAGAGAAGGGACAAGAAUUCAUGCUUCAGUUGGUGAACAACUCAUUAAAAAAUAUGGUGAAAGGCUACAUGAGGGAGAUGCAAUUGUCGUCCAGUUGUUCAAGGUCUUCGAUGCAAUUGGUGAAUACCGUACAACUCCACAUCCGUACAAAAUUGGUUUCUAUCCAACCACUUUUGUUGGAAAAGCUAUAGAUUUUCCAAGUGAAGUUCCUGAAAAGAAUUUUGCGGAUUUUACCGACAUUCUGGAAGGAAAGAUUGAUAGCAGCUGCUUAGUUGAUAUUAUUGGACAAAUAGUCAACUUUGGGUCGCUGGAAAACAAAAGCAUUAAAGGCAAAGAUAACAUGAGGCUUUUGAUCGAGCUACGUGACCAUAGUAAUGUCAAGAUGAUGUGUACUCUGUGGGGUGGUUAUGCUAAACAAGUAUACGACUACAGUAUGAGUAACAUGUCCAUAAUGAUAAUUUGUAUUAUCAGGUUCUGUUCCAUUAAAGAGUGGAAAGGGGUUUACUCCAUAUCUAGCGGGUUUAAUUCCACCCACAUUUUGCUAAACCCAACGUGUUCAUUGGUUGAUGAGUUUAAAUUGUGUCUUCCUGAUGAUUCACUUGCUAUUACAAACAAGGAUAGUAGCCAAUGGAGUGUUGCUAGUGCUACAUCUGUUCGUGCCCGGUUUUUUGUUCUUAAUGAGAGGCUAACAAUAAGAGAUAUCGUUGACAGUACUCUGGUUGGGACUUUUGUCACCUUGAGGACUAUUGAAAACAUAGAUACUGAGCGUGGUUGGCAAUAUCUAAGUUGCAAAUACCACAACAAAAAAGUUAUGCCUACAACCAAUGUUGAUGAUGAGAACCGUCCCUUGUUCUACUGCAAUACAUGUGAUAAAGAACACAUUGAUGUCAUUCCGAGGUUUAAAUUAAUUGUCCACGUUAAAGACGAUACCGGUGAGGGAAACUUUCUUUUGUUUGAUGGCAAUGCUCAAGUGCUUGUGCGUCGUUCUGCCGCUGAACUCUAUGAUGAGAAUCUAGAUGAAGACUUGUUACCAGAAGCUGUUAGCGACCUUUUUGGCAAGAGAAUCCUUUUUGAGGUUUCAGUUGAUGCUGAUAACAUCAAAGGAAAUAGCUCUCAGUAUGUUGUUCGAAUUGCUACUGCUGACCGUGAACUGAUUGAGGAAUUUGCUGUUUUGCCAGUUAAACAGUCUUCAGAUGAUAUUUCUUCUGGUUCAGGUGGUUUAUCAGGAACUCCAUUGUCUAAAAGAAAAAGCCAAGAUGAACAACAGAGUAGCCUAGAGGAUCAACAUUCCGUGAACAAGAAACUUUUUCUAAAGAAAGUCAAGGGAGAGUAA